AUGGGAGCUAAACAGAAAGAGGCUAUCAAGAGGAGAAAUAAGGCAAAUCUCUCGAGGACUGCUGAGAGCGAGGUCUACACUGACAAGCAAGCCAAAAACCUUCUAGCAGAUCAGCCCAAGUUAACGCCGAAGUCCAAAGUCAAGAAGCCUAGUAAACAGGCUGUAAAGAAGCGUGACGCCAAAAUAAGGCUUUAUGGCGCUAGAAAUGGAAAAGAAUACAGAGAAGAAGAAUUGAACAUCCCUAAUCUCAAUAGGGCUAUUGUACCGGGAGUCAAGGCCAAGAAGGGAAAGAAGGGAAAGAAGUUCGUGGAUGAUCACGACAGUCUAAUGUUGAACCGUUUGGUGAAGUCCAUCAAUGACAAGCAUGAUCAAGUGAAUGAGUCCAAGUUGGAGAAAGCAAAGAGAUUGGAGGAGAUUCGUGAAUUGAAGAGGGCCGAGAUCGAAAGAAAGGAACAGGAGAAGGCCAACAAAUUGAACGAUAAAAAGGCAGAAAUCAAGAAUAAAGCCAAUGUUGCAAGAGCAGCUAGGCGAAAGAGUGCCAGAGCUGCAAAGCGGUCCGAGGAAGACGGUGUCGACGAGACCGAGACUCCUGCAAAGAAAAAGAAGAAGUCUGUCUCAUUUGCAUAA